AUGGCAUCAGAAGGAACAUAUAAAGUUAUUGAUUUGGAUCAAGCCUUGCAAGUUGCUUUGAAGGCUUGUGAAUUGGCUGCUAUUGAAAUUAAACAACAUUUUGCUAGUCAGCAAAAAGCCUUCUUGACCAAAUCGACUGUAAUUGAUAUGGUCACACAGACAGAUAAACGUGUUGAGGAGAUUGUGUCUCAACAUUUACUUACAAAUUAUCCCGAUCAUCAAAUUAUUGGUGAAGAAUAUAAUAAUCAUGAUACAACUCUUAUAUUGAAUGGAUAUAGUUGGAUUAUUGAUCCUAUUGAUGGAACUACUAAUUUUGUCCAUCGUAAUCCAGGAGUUUGUACAAGUAUUGCAUUAGCUUGUUGUGGACAAGUUGUUAUGGGUGUUGUUCACAAUCCAAUCAUGAAUGAAACAUUUUAUGCAAUUAAAGGAAAGGGAUCUUUCCAAAAGACUCCAUUCACAAAUCAAGUUUUUGAAAAGAAUGUCAUUUCACAAUGCGAAUCAAUUGAAGGAUCUUUACUCUCAAGUAAUUUCCCAUACGGAAGAACUGAAGAAAUUUUAGGAAUGGUCGAAAAGAAAUAUGGUGCCUUCUUGAGAAGAGGAUGUCAUGGAAUUAGAGGAAGUGGAAGUGCUGUCAUUAAUUUGUGUUAUGUUGCAAAUGGUUCACUUGAUGCUUACUUUGAAAAUGGAAUUCAAAUCUGGGAUAUGGCUGCUGGUAAAAUUAUUGUCGAAGAAGCUGGUGGUACAGUUUGUGAUCCAAUUGAUUUGGAUGUCAAGGAAGAAGUAUUAUUACAAAAGCACAGAUGUCUUGCCACUUGCACAAAAUCUUUGGCUGCUGAAAUGGUCGAAGUUUUGAGAAAGAUUGAAACUGGAGAAUAA